CCAAUAAGAAGAGAGCCAUUCAGAGUAUGGAUGUGAUCGCUCGAGGUCCUCGCUACAGUGAAGGAGAUUGCAUGAUGUUGGUUGAAUCCGUUCUUGAUCUCAUGAUGAAAGUAUUUGACAAGAAAAGUCCAGGAACUGUUUUAGAGACGCGAUAUUUGAGUCAUGCUUCCAUCAGUCAGUAUAAGGAAGCGAUCGUUUCUUACACUGAAGAUGCAGUCAAAACCGCUAAGCGAGACAAGGAAACGGUCGUCACUCACGAAAAAGGAGAGGAUCGACUGAUCGAUCUUGUUGCUGUUGAUUCUAAUCACAUUAUUCGAAUGAAGCAAAAGAUGCGUCAUCAAUUGUGCAAUGUUUUGGAUAGGCCAAACAAAGAAGAGAAACAGCCAAGCUGGAGAGAAGUGGGUAAAGCGUUAGGUAUGCCAUUAGUGUCUAGCAUGGAAUCAGCCAGUGAGAUGUUGGAAACUUGGAGUCAAGACUUGAACGUUACCGAAGAUCAUCUAGUGGAAGUUUUGAAGAGGCCAGACAUUAACGGUACAGAUGCAUUGAUUGUUCUUGGACAUCAGCAUCACAUUACUGCCGAAAACAGCUUCGACUCACCUCCAGCAAAUCGAAGAAUAGAAGACGCAGCUUCACGAGAUGGUGCUACAAGCUCAACAGCAACAGCAACAAAUGUUCAUUUCUGUCCACCAGUGACACAAAGAAAGAGGGUAAGCUGAUUACUUUUGUAUUGGUGUGUGGCAGUUGGAGUAUUGCGUGGGUGUGUCAUUUUGGUGAUAUCAGGUAUUUCGUACAGUGUAACUACCUAGAGCAUAGUUUGGUGUAUACAUCAUUUUAUUGUAAGAAUUGCUGCUGUUUUAUUACACAGACCACUACACCUACACUAGAACCUCCAAGACAACUGGCUGGAAAAGGAGAUGAACAAGUAGUAGAGCAGCAGAUUCAACGGACAGAACAACUGAGAAUGGAAGGCUCAUCAAACGAUAUAGAAAUUGCUGAAGCGACACAACAAACUGUUGCUAUUCAAGUCGACAGAAAAACCGAGCAACCAACUGCAAAAGCAGAAGCCGAGAAAAAAUGCACAAAUGAGGAAAUUGUGAGAGUAGCCAGCCUAGUUUCUGAUUGGGAGGAGCUCGUUUCUCGGUUGUCACCAAACUUAUUUUCAGUUAAAGUUAUUGAUAACAUAAAGAAAGCAGACCAACAACCGUUUAUGCAAGCUCGAAAAGCAUUAGCUAAAUGGGUUGAUUACAUGGCCGACAAAGCUCUUAGAAGAAUGAUGAUCAAGACAAUGUGUGUCGACAUGAGUUUGAGAGCACAAGCUAUAGAAGUUUUUGGUGCUAAUUUGGUAGAGCAGGUUUGUCCACAGCAAGAAUUAUUAUAAUUUUACUGCAUUAAUAAUUUGCAGCCAAAACAUUUUAUGGUACUUUAUCAAGUUUAGUCUUUUCAGUUUAAUAGAAUGUCUUG